CUUGUGUAAUAUUCCAUUGAUGAUACGCAUCAAGCAAGAGCCAUUUUAACAACGCAAGAACCGCUAAAUGUUCCAUCUCCACCCCUAAAUCGACAGACCUCCUCCAGGAAACGCUUUUGAUUUCCUGCCACACCUUCCAUCUUUUCGUACCUUGUUUCUCCAAUCUUCAACAACUUGUAGUUUGGCAGCACUACAAUCUCCGUCGACCAUGCUGCGGAGGUCUAUUUUGGAAAUAUCUUCUCGUCGAUCAGUUGGAAGGAUUUCACCACGAAUAACAACUCAGAUACCUUUGUAUCUUUCCUCUAGGAAGGAAUUCUCUACUGCAUCUCAGUCAAAUUCACCAGAAAAUCCACCAAACUCUGGGGGCAAUUUGUCCAAAGUUUUUAUAGGAAGUAUAGCCUUAGGUGUUGCUGGUAUAACAGCUUACCAGACUGGCUACUUUGAUAAAGUAUUAACCAAGGAACAGAAUAAUGAUCUUAACACAAAUCCACUCCCAAUUGUCCAUGAAGAACCUGAAAAGUCAGUGUCAGAAGAACAAGUUGCUGUUGAAAAUGUUAAAGAUUCUGAGAUUUUAAGUCCACCUGUUGACAAUAGUGAGAAGGGAAUUGAAACUGAUCCGUAUUAUGGCAAAAGGGAAGAAGAAAAUCAGUCUGAAAUUGAGAAAUUACCAAUUUUGGAACCUCAAGAUGUUAUUUCUGGACAAGAGGGUGAUUUGCCAAUAUCAACUUCUGAUAGUUAUGAUGCAAUAGCUAAGAUUCAAGAGGAUCUUGGUGCAAAUAGUCAAGAUUUGAAGUCAACUACAGAAGAGCAUGAGGAAGUUCAAAGUAGCUCAAUACUGAAUGAGGUUGCUCCAGUUCUUGAAGCAAAUGAGAUAAAGUCUGAGGGUAUCCUGAGCAACGAUAAUAAAGAGCCAGAUGCCCUUCUUGAUGAAUACCUUUUAAAAGAUAAGGCUGAAGAAAGUGCUCCAGUAUCUUCAUAUCCAGAGAAGGAAAUAGCUGAGGCUGUGAUGGGUAAUAAUGACAUUUACGUGGCAAAUGAUGGAAAGAUAGUUUUGGAUUUCUUGCAAGCCAUUCACACAGCUGAAAAAAGACAAGAAGAUUUGGAUGCUCGUAUUUUUUCUGAAGAAAAGAGGUUAUUAAAGGAGAAAUAUGAUAAGGAGUUGAAAGAUGCAAGAGCACGUGAACUCAUGUAUGCUGAAAGAGAGACAAUUUUGGAUAAGGAAUUACAUAAAGAAAAGGUGAAAGCAGCUGCAGCUCUCAAGUCACUUCAGGAAAAGUUAGAAGAGGAAUUCAGAAUGGAGAUUGAAAAGAAGGAGUCUGAAGCAGAAUUGGAGGUAAUGAAAUUGAAGGAUUUAGCAAAAGCUGAAUUGGCUGCAGCAAUUGCAAGUGAGAAAGCAUCCCAAAUUGAAAAAAUGGAAGAGGCAAAUCUCAAUAUAAAUGCUUUGUGUAUGGCAUUCUAUGCAAGAUCUGAAGAGGCUCGCCAGACACAUUCUGUCCACAAGCUUGCAUUGGGUGCUCUUGCACUAGAAGAUGCUUUGUCUAAAGGGUUGCCUAUAGAGAAAGAAAUAGAAGCUCUUAAAAGCUACAUUGAUGGAAUCGAUAAAGAUUCCUUAUUAGGUUUGGUCAUUGCUUCACUUCCUGAAGACACUUUAAAAAAUGGGACAGAUACCAUACUCCAAUUAAAUCACAAGUUUGAUGGGUUGAAAGGGACACUGCGGCACUUCAGCUUAAUGCCGCCAGGUGGCGGUGGCAUAUUGGCCCAUUCAUUGGCUUACAUUGCAUCCGUAUUAAAGGUGAAGGAAGCGGACAAGUCAGGUGAUGGAAUCGAGUCAGUAAUAAACCGGGUAGAAAGUUUGUUAGCAGAUGGGAAGCUUCUAGAAGCUGCAGAAACACUUGAAAAUGGUCUAAAAGGAAGUCAAGCAACAGAAGUUGUAGGUGACUGGAUUCAUCAAGCAAGAAAUCGUGCUAUCACUGAACAAGCCUUAACUCUCCUCCAAUCUUACGCCACGUCAGCAAGCUAUACUUGAUUUCAAAAACUCACUUUCACUUGUUACACAUCUUGAGUCAACGUGAAUAAAGAGGACCAGAAUUUUUCAACCGUGGUUUUGAGUUGACACCAUUUUUGGUUGCGAAUAAAUUUUUUUUUUUUUUUUGAUUAAUCUGUAAACAAAAUUGAUGAGAAGUUGUAUAAGAUUAAUGUAUGAGUGAUCUUGAUGUAAUAACUCAUGAUUUGUUAAAUCGAGUUGAUUUGAAAUUGGGGUUUGA